CUUCAGCAACAAUCUACUGUUUUAAGACAAAAAAACAGUAGAAAAAUAGCAAAGUUGGAAACUUAGGAUAGCUUCGAUAGAGAACUAAGAGACCCGAAGCUUAGGAUCAACCGACACUGAAGAAAGCCAGUCAAAAUCAUUUCCUCUGAAACGGAUGAAGUCGUCAGUGGGAAAUUCAGCAGGACAACAUCCCUAUCCAGUAACUUGUAAUGUGGCAGAGUCAGGCACUUUUGAAAACCAAGAUGUACGCUCUAUCCUCAAAAAACUACAAAGUGAGGUUUCAGAUGCUUCCAACUCUGCAGAAACCCAAAGCUUAGAAUCAGCUGUCAUUGAGAAUGACCAGUCAAAAUCAUUUCCUCGAAAAACGAUUAAAUCCUUAGCGGAAAAUAUUACAGGACAAGGUCCUAAUCCAGUAACUUGUAAUGUGCCAGGGACUUUUGAAAACCAAGCGGUACGCACUGCCUUCAAGGAAUUGCAAAAUCAGACUUCAUCUAUUUCCAUCCCUCCACACACCCAAAACCUAGAAUCAUCUGUCUUUGAUGAUGGCCUGUUAAUCUCAUCUCCAGAUAAAGUGAUUAAGUCCUUAGCCAAAAAUGUAGCAGGACAUCGUCCUAAUCCAGGUCCUUGUAGUGAGCCAGGUACUUUUGAAAACCAAGAGGUGCGCGCAGCCUUCAAAGAAUUACAAAACCAUGUCUCAAAUAUUUCCAUCUCUCCACAUAACCGAAGCUUAGAAUCAGCUGACUUUGAAAAAGGCCAGUUAAAAUCAUUUCCUGGGAGCGCAAUUAAGUCUUUUAUAAAAAAUAUAGCAGGACAACAUUUUACUUCAGGCAGACCUCCGACUGCCUCUGUGCAAGUUCCUUCUCCAGAAAAUUAUACUGCCUCUGUGCAGGUUCCUUCUCCAGAAACUGAACCCUUUACACAAUUUCCUUCUCCAGAACUUUCUACUGGCUUUGAUCAUGUUUCUUCUGCAGAGAAGUCUACUCCCUUUAAAUUCUUUAAGAGGCCUGCUAUUGGAACCAUCCAUUCAAAGCUCAGCAGCAUUGGCAGAAAACAUCAUCCCAACAUUGGGGAUCAGGGAACCAGCAAACAACCACCUUAUAAUCCUGCUACCAAGAGGGACCUUGAUAGUGUGCAGACUGGGCUACUAGGAGUAGACCCUACAGCACRCACUGAAGUCAGGGCAGGUCAAGASAAGCAAGAGAAAGGAAUACAAUGUUUUGAGCAYGGCAUUGCUCAGGGAGAAGAUGAUUUGACUGACUGUGAGUUCCAUUGCAAAACUUGCAAAUCCAGUGUCAAACCCUCUGUGCUUAAGGAGUUURUCAMUGAGGUGUCAGACUUGCUUCAAUGCCAAACAUGUAAACACGAGAUUUACAUUAUUUCUGCUGUCGUCAAUAGACUUUUGGAAAAAUACCCCCGUGAUUCUGAACGACUGCUGCUGAGGGAACAGUCUGCUGUUCUGAAAAGGCGUCUCUCCAUUUAUCUGUCAGCUCACUUAGGCAUUCAUAAAUGUAAUGAAAUUGAUCGGAAACUAAACUCAGAUUACUAUGCUAAGGUCAUAGUUAACAACCUUCUAGGGAUCUACGGUUCACCAAGAAAGCUGAUCAAAGCAGCAGUUAUUCCAGACAGUAACUUUUGCGAUGACUUUGUAGCAUUUGUUGGAUGUGAACUUGUAAAGACAAGAGCAUACAAGAAAUACAGUUUCCUUAAAAAGAUGUUUUCGCCUUUCAAAAAAGCUUACAAUUGGACUUAUGAUCAGUUCGCUCCAGCCACACAGGUGAUGUUAGAUCUCAGUUGUUGUGGGCCUGUUUUUGCAAAAGACGAAGAAAAUUAGGAGGGCGGAUUAUUAGGAGGAUAACAGAAUAAAUCCUCAUCUCUA